CUUGUGGGGGAUUUAAUCCCUCUCAAUCCCCUCCAAACCCCUUCAAAUCUGAAGGAACCGAACAAGGCCUUAGGGAAUUUUUCUUCCCUUCGCCGGCUUUCCCUAGCAGAUAAUAAUUUCCAAGGUAGAAUCCCGAUGAGUAUAGGCAAUAUUCCAUACCUGCAAGUACUAGAUCUCACUUAUAACUUCUUGUCAGGGACUGUCCCUGGCACUCUCUACAACAUGUCAGCACUUACAUACCUUGGCAUGGGUACAAACAUACUUGUAGGGGAAAUUCCAUAUAACAUCGGGUAUACCCUUCCAAAUAUCCAAACUUUGAUUAUGCAAGGAAACCAAUUCCAAGGCCAAAUCCCCACUUCACUAGCCAACACAACCAAUCUUCCGAUGAUCGACCUCCAAGAGAAUCAAUUCCAUGGUAUUGUUCCUUCUCUUGGGACUCUUCCUAGUCUAGUCGAUCUAGAUCUAGGUGGGAAUCAACUUGAAGCAGGAGAUUGGUCUUUUUUAUCCUCAUUGACCAAUUGCACACAACUGGUGAAGUUGCGUUUGGAUGAAAAUAACCUUCAGGGUGUCUUGCCCAAGUCCAUUUGAAGCCUUUCAAAAAGCUUAGAGUUACUGCUAUUGAGAUCAAAUAAAAUAUCUGGCAUUAUACCACACGAGAUACAGUACUUGACAAGCCUCCAACUUCUUUAUAUGGACCAGAAUUUGCUUACUGGAUAUAUUCCUGAAUCACUUGGAAAUCUUCCAAACUUAUUUGUCUUAAGCUUGUUCAAGAACAAACUUUCCGGAUCAAUUCCACUUUCUGUUGGUAACCUGAGUCAACUGAGUGAGCUAUAUUUACAGGAAAAUAAUUUGAGUGGUCCUAUCCCAGGAGCUAUAGCAGGCUGCAAAAAGUUGGAACAACUGAACCUCUCUUGUAACAGCUUUGAUGGAAGAAUACCAAAGGAGCUCUUUACUCUUAUCUACCUUUCCCAGUGUCUGGACUUGUCUCACAACCAAUUCUCUGGACAGAUACCUCUGGAGAUUGGCAAUCUGAGAAAUCUUGGGCCACUAAAUAUUUCCCAUAAUCAACUGUCUGGACAAAUACCCCCCACUCUAGGUCAGUGCGUCCGUUUGGAGUCCCUCCACAUGGAGUGUAACCUCUUUCAUGGGAAAAUCCCUCACUCCUUCAGAAGUUUGGAAGGAAUCAUUGAGAUGGAUCUAUCUCAAAACAACUUAUCUGGUGAAAUCCCUGACUUCUUUAAGUUCUUUUAGUCUAUGAAGCUUCUCAAUUUGUCCUUCAAUAAUCUCGAGGAUCCAGUACCAUCAGAUGGGAUAUUUCAGAAUGGAAGCAAGGUUUUCAUUCAAGGGAAUGUGAAGUUAUGUACCAGCAUUCCAUUGCUACAGCUGCCAUUUUGCAAUGCAGAGACAUCCAAACAAAGGAAUGUCUCCAGCAUUUUCAAGAUGGUAGGAUUUACAGUUCUCUCUUUGGUCCUGUUAUCAUGCUUUGCAACCAUUAUUUUGAAGAAGAAAAAGAAACUCAAACAAGCAGCUCAUCCAUCCUGCAAAGAGUUGAAGAAGUUCACAUAUGCAAAUUUAGUGAGAGCAACAAAUGGUUUCUCACCAGAUAACAUGGUCGGUUCAAGAAAAUAUGGUUCUGUGUACAGAGGUAGAAUUGAAUCUGAAGAACAUGAAGUUGCCAUCAAAGUUUUCAAACUCAAUCAACUCAGAGCACCAAAAAGCUUCAUUGCUGAGUGCAAGGCAUUGAGGAACACUCGUCACAGGAAUCUUAUAAGGGUGAUUACAGCAUGCUCAACCAUUGAUCCAACAGGACAUGAUUUCAAAGCUAUUGUUCUUGAAUAUAGUGUUAACAGUGACCUGGAAAGUUGGCUCCAUCCAACAGUCCAUGAGGUUGGUCAAAGAAGGCCGUUGAGUUUCGGUACAAGAAUAGUAAUAGCAGUGGACAUAGCUGCUGCUUUGGAUUACCUCCAUAACCAAUGUGUGCCUCCUAUGGCACACUGUGAUCUGAAGCCUAGCAAUGUCCUUUUGGAUGAUUUCAUGGGCGCCCGUGUUGGCAAUUUCGGGUUGGCUAAGUCCCUGCAUAGUCAUAAUUCUUCGGACAUUCAUAGUUCUACAAGCUUAGUGGGGCCAAGAGGAUCGGUUGGAUACAUUGCACCAGAAUAUGGCUUUGGGAGCAAAAUCUCCACUGAGGGCGAUGUAUUUAGCUAUGGAGUCAUCAUCUUGGAAAUGCUAAUAGGAAAGCGUCCAACUGAUGAGAUGUUUAAAGAUGGCCUGCGCCUUUACAAAUUUGUUGAAAAAUCAUUUCCUCAAAAGAUUGAGGAGAUUCUAGACCCUAGGAUAGUUCCAGGUUAUAGAGAUGAAGGUGAAGAUGCAGGAGGUGAUUUAGACUGGGAAACUCAUCGAAUGGUUGCUAUGAACUGCAUCAUAAAGCUCACUGAGCUUGGAUUGUUGUGCUCUGCGGUGACACCUAAAGAUCAGCCCACUAUACAGCACGUAUACAACGAAGUUACCGCAAUCAAAGAAUCAUUUCCAGCAUUGCAGGGCUGA